CAACAGAUGGCGCUGUGGCCUAGCCUUGACGGAGCCUUGUUUGUCCUUUUUGGGUUUCCGUAGUUUUUUUCUGCGUGUAAGGCACCUCCAGGAGUCGGAUACAAGGCAGUAGGGUUGGUCGUUGCACCUGUGGUUCUGAUGGCAGGAACUGUGUUUGCUGCUAGCGAGGAGAAAGAGGCCACCACUUUGAGGACAGAAGAGCUUUCUCUCUACACCACACCCCAGCAAAAAUUCAAAUAUGUGGAACCAGAAGAAGGACAGAUAGAACAGACUGUGGCCCAGCUGAGGCAAACUGUUCAGCCCUACACCAGCCGAUAUCAGCAAACUGGCCUCAGCGUGUUCGAGAAAAUUCAGGGUUUCUUUGGAGCAGUGAAACCCAGUGUUGAGAAGUCUGUCCAGUUCGGGAAAGACAGCUAUGAGUACCUGAAGGACCCCCCCUCUGAAUUCUACGCCCAGGCUGGAGUGAUUGGCUUUGCUGGCAUCCUGGGCCUCUUUCUGGCUCGCGCAGGCUCCAGGAUUAAGAAGCUGAUCUACCCCACCGGACUGAUGGCCCUGGGAGCCUCCCUCUACUACCCCCAGCAGGCAGCCUCCAUUGCUAAGACAACGGGAGACUCGGUGUAUGACUUGAGCCUGCAGGCUUAUGUUGCCCUGGAAACGCUUCUGAAGGACAAGUCGGCCGCCAAGCCAGUAAAGCAGCAGGUAGGGAAGACUGAGCUGAAAACUGAGGAAAACGUCACGACUAGCAAAGAGCCUAAGCACUGAGCAGCCUGGUUAUGCUGCUCCGCCUCCUGAUCAGUGGACCCCGCCUCCUGCCCUUUGCACCCUCUCAGGCCCUGCUCUUGCCCCCCCUUCUUCAUAACUGCUGCACAGUAGGAUGGGGCCAUAAGUCUGUACAGUACUGUACAUGUAAUUAUUGAAUUCUGAAUGUAUUUAUGUAAUAAAACCAAAAAUCCCUAA